GCCCCGCCAUGCGCGGUUGUAAUCAGACACCGCUGCUGUACUUUGCGGAGUGUAAUCUACGCAGAAGACGUUCUUACAGGAAAGCUGCCAUCUCCGACCUUCCACACGGGACAUGAAUGUAGCAUGCGUCCAGUCAACGAGAGGUUGAACAGGAUGAGAAUGGGCGGCUAGCAGCUGGUCUGCAUCUCAACAGCACAGUAGCAUCCCUGUGAAGCUCGAUGACAGACCCACUGAAAUCCUCCUAAGCAGAAAACCACAGAAGAAGUGAGAGGAAAGAAAGAUGGACUCUAUCUCUAUGAUGGGCAGCAGGAGCCCUGUGUUCCUCACAGCCCCAUCCUCCCACCACCUCCGACACACGCAGACCUGUUUCCUGCCCAAUGGCACAAAGAGCCGAAUUGGAGAUGCAGAGACUGCCCAUCUGCUUGCCCAGCCCACAGUGGCCAUCCUGGGCUCAGGUGACUUCUCCAAGUGCCUGACCAUCCGUCUGCUGCGAUGUGGCUUCCAUGUGGUGGUGGGAAGCCGCCAUCCCAAACUGGUAGCCCAGUCAUUUCCUCAUGUGGUGGAUGUGACCCACCAUGAAGAUGCUGUGGGGAAGGCCAGCAUCGUUUUCCUGGCAAUCCACCGUGAGCACUACUCUUUCCUGUGGGACCUCAAGCAUCUACUGGAAGGAAAGAUCCUUGUGGACGUGAGUAACAACAGAAGGGUGAACCAGUAUCCAGAAUCUAAUGCUGAGUAUCUGGCUUCACUGCUGCCAGACUCUAUUACGGUCAAAGGCUUCAAUGUCAUCUCAGCCUGGGCCAUGCAACAGAGCUGCCCCAAAGAUGCCAGCACACAGCUGACAAGGCCAGUGUCAGUCGUGGAGUUGAUCGCUACUGUCACAGUGAGGAGGAGGAAGAGACAGAUGAGGAGGGACAGGAGAAGGAGAAGGGGGAGAUGGAAGAGGAGGUGGAGGAGAAGAAGGAGGAAGAGGAGGAGGAAGAGAAGGAGGAGAAGGAGGAAAGUGGAGCAAGAACCACCAAAAAAACAGUGCCAGGUGUUCAUCUGCAGUGACUCAGUGGAUGCUCGACAGCAGGUUAUGGAAUUAGCCCGCCAGCUCAACUUCCAGCCGGUGGAUAUGGGCACCCUGUCCUCUUCGCGGGACAUUGAGAACAUUCCCAUGCAGUUAUUUCCUGGCUGGAAGGGCCCUGUCCUUGCUGCUGUGGCCCUGUCCAUCUUCUUUUUUUCUUACUCAUUUGUACGAGAUAUCAUCCACCCAUAUGUGAAACACAAGCAGAGUGACUUCUAUAAGAUCCCCAUAGAGAUGGUGAACCGGACACUGCCGACUGUUGCCAUCACUCUGUUGGCCUUGGUGUACCUGGCAGGCCAGCUGGCAGCUGCCCACCAGCUCUACUAUGGUACCAAGUACAGACAUUUCCCACACUGGCUAGAGGGCUGGCUGCAGAGCCGCAAACAGCUGGGCCUCCUGAGCUUCUUCCUGGCUGCUGUCCAUGUACUCUACAGCCUCUGUCUGCCCAUGAGGAGGUCUGAGAGGUACCUGCUGCUCAACACUGCCUACCAGCAGGUCCAUGCUAAUGUGGAGAAUGCAUGGAAUGAGGAGGAAGUGUGGAGGGUGGAGAUGUACAUUUCCUUUGGGAUCAUGAGUCUUGGGCUCCUGUCACUUCUGGCCAUCACCUCCAUUCCCUCUGUCCACAGCACUCUCAACUGGAGGGAGUUCAGCUUCAUACAGCGUACGCGACUUUCAACUGGAAUUUGACCCCCUAAACAUGCUCGAAAACUCACCAAAAUUGGCAUGCCUGUCAGGACUGGCGAAAAAUUUUAUAAACUGAUGAAAUUAAUCUGAAAAGUGCCAAAAUGGGCUCUCUAGCGCCACCUAGAAACACAAAAAUGGCCGCUGCAGCCAGUAGGAACGUCGUAGGAAGAUCAAACUAAAACAGCCUCGUUCGUCUCAUCAAGACCUACAAAUCACGCGCUCGCACCCAUGACCUAACUCCAACAGGAAGUGAGAUAUUUCCCUUUCAAAAUAAGAGUUUUCCUCAAAAAAAAAAAAUUCCUUUAAAAAUCAACUAGUCCGACACCGUUUAUCGUAUCGGCUUCAAACUCGCACACAUUAAUCUUCAACGUGUCCUUAUCAAUUAUUGUGCGUAACUUUGUCAAUCCUCGACUGGUUUGGAUGUUAUGACGCGUUUCAGGUGAUGUGCGCCAAAACCUCCUGAGGAUUUGUUGUGCCACCUAGACACACUAAAAUGCCCGGUGCGACGGGUAGGAACCACAUAGAAAGACCAAACCAAAACUGUCUCGUUCGUCUCAUAAAGACCUACAAAUGUCGCGCUGCAACCCCUGACCUAACUCCAACAGGAAGUGAGCUGUCGGUCUUUGAAUGUAAGAUGGCGUUUUUGACAAAUUCUGUCGAUCAAAAAUUAUUUGCUCCUACACCGUUUAUCAUAACUGCUUCAAACUUGCACAAAUUACAGCUCUACCCCUGCUGAACAUUACUUGUGAAGGACUUUGUCAUAACUUGAACGGUUUGGAUUUUAGAAGCGUUAGAAAGUGCAGGACACAACUCCUCAUGAUGAUCUCUGGAAGAAAAGAUGAGGGCCAACACACUGUAAACUUGUGAUUAAGGUGACAUUUUUCAGUCCAUAGACAUACAAGCUUUAUAUGUUUGCGUUCAGAACAAAUUUAUCUAUCUGGUGAUGUUUUCAGAUUGAAGAUGGGACCCACGGUUUGGCAUCUGGAAGCAUUUGUUUGAGAAAGUUUCAAGCCAUUCUGCUCUGUGUCUGAGCUGCAUGCAGUCCUUAAUUAGCAUAACAAAGGCUUCACUCUGACAGUCUGUGUGUCAGAGUGAAGUGUGUAUGUGUGUGGUCACACACACAUGAGGUUUUAAAUUACUUUAAAAAUGACCUUAAAAGUAUUUCCAUGUAUUUUAUCAA